CGGAAAUCGAUGACAAGGCGUACAUAGGUUAUUAUGGCAGAUCUCCCUCCUACUCAAGAUAUUGAUGAAAUACAUGAUUAUAUAUCGCAGCCAUUCGAUUCCUCUAAAGUAUGGGGGCGACUUCUUCCUCUAGAUAGCAAAUUUCCUGCACUUGACCUCAUCGAAGAUUCAUACACAUUCGGUCGUGGUGAUGACUGCUCCUUCAAAUUCAUCCCUGAUAUGUUCGAGGGGUCUUCUCAGUUUACAACCAUCAGCAAGCUUCACUUCAGUAUCAUACUGGAUUCAAUGGUUGAUAACCGUUUAGUCUUCAUAAAUGACUUCAGUAGCAAUGGGACUUUUGUUAAUGGUUCUAAACUAGGGCGUGGUAAAAGGCGGCCGUUAAAUAAUAACGAUGAGAUCUCAGUAUCUCUUAAGCAUUUAAAAUGUUUGAGUUAUUCUAUUUUAUGGGUCAAUUCUUAGGCUUUAUAUUUUCGGACUCCAGCUGCAUUUGCACCUCUUAUCCGUCGGAGGUAACGGACAAAUAUACUGUUUCGAAGCAUCUUGGACGAGGAGCUUUCGGUGAAGUUAGACUAGUUUUUGACAAAGAACAUUGUGAAAAAUAUGCAAUGAAAAUAGUUCAAAAGAAAAACUUCUCUGUAUUAUCCAAACUUGGCAAGCCAUUUACCGGUUCUGUAGCUGCAGAAGUGGAUAUAUUGAUGCGCCUAGAUCAUCCGUGCAUCAUUCAAAUCUACGAUGUGAUGGAUACAUCAGAAACCCUGUACAUGAUUCUCGAACUUGUUGAAGGUGGUGAAUUAUUUGACCGUAUAGUCCACCGUGGUCAACUAAGUGAAUCUGACUCCAAAUUUUUCUUUCUGCAGAUGGCUAUGGCUGUCGAGUAUCUGCAUGAUCAUGGAAUCACACAUCGUGACCUAAAGCCUGAAAAUAUUCUACUCACAAGUAAGGCUGAUCGAUGCCUUAUAAAAGUAACUGACUUUGGUGUAUCAAAACUUGUUGAUGAAAGCACAAUGUUGCGUACAUUUUGUGGCACUCCAGAUUACUUGGCUCCGGAGGUUCUUAAAACUGCUGGCUGUGGGACUUACACAUGUGUUAUCGAUGUAUGGUCACUUGGUGUAAUUCUAUAUAUCUGUUUAGUAGGAUAUCCUCCAUUCACUAAACAACGUCAAGACUUUGAUUUAGAAACUCAGAUUAUCAAAGGUUUAUAUGAUUUUCCUCAGAAUUUUUGGCAUGGAAUAAGUCAAGAAGCUAUUAAACUUAUUGGCCGUAUGCUUGUUGUUGAACCACAUGAGAGAAGUUCAAUUCACGAUGUUUUAAAAGAUCCUUGGCUGGAUGAAACUGGAAUUCGCCUAGAAGUUGAAGAAUUAAUCAGCUGUGCAAAACGUGUACCAUCUCAUCAUAAUUCUCAAUCGAAUGGUGUAAAACGAACACAGCCAUUGCUACCGGAAACAUUUCCAUCGACUAUCCAUUCACCUGGAGCUACUAAUCCGUUAGAAUGUUCUAGUAAUCCUACAGAUUCAUCAUGUCCUCAUGAUUUUCCUCUUCUAGCUGCAAAUGGUUACAUAGAUGCUGUGACUAAUAGUGGUUUAGAUGAGAAUAUGGAAUACUUAUUAACUGAAAAACCUGUUAUCAGAAAACGUCCAGCAUCGUCUUUAUGUAAUCCAGUGAUAACUUCUCCGAAAGUCCACAUUCCUUCCGAUACAGAGAAAUAACACAGAUUAUAUACUAAUUACACUUGUUUUAUAUUCUAAGUUAUCAAUCUUGCCACCUUUCUACUCAAUUUAUUUUUAUUUUAACUUUUUACUUAGGAUAUUUAUUAGCUUACUGUCAUCAAACUAUUUCAUGAAUGAUGAUGAUGAUGAUGAAUUUUAACAGUUUCUUACUAUUUAUAUCAAUCUGUUUAUCUGUACACAUGCGCUCACUUAAAUCAUAAAAUAUUAUUUUUGUGCAUUUCAUUUGCCUUUCUUUAAUUGCGAAAACAAAAUUGUAACCGAUGCCUUGUUUUUUGCAUAGUUUGUGUAUCUACCUUGGAGAAAAGAAUCGUUUUAAUGGAAAUAUGGCUUAUACAUUUCUUUAAAAGUUAGCUGGAGUGAUUCUAAAGGCUACUACCAAGGGGUUUCGUCAGGUUGUGCUCCGCUCCAAUCGGUAACAGACAAAGCGAUCGGUUGGCUGUUUCUGAGACAUCUUUGAUGUCAGGUAGUGUAACGUGCCCAUUAAUUUCAGAUUACUACUGUCUUGUGUUCGACUGAUAAAGACUUUUUAAUAAAGUUGAAUGGCUAAUCAUUGACUUUGAACACUUUGUGCAGGUGUUUUUCUUCGACUUUCCGU